AAUCACUCGAGCAGAAUGAAUCCCAUAGCCAAAUGUUACCUGAUGUUCUUCCUCCUUUUGGCAGUUCUCUUGCCCGAGGCGCGCGCGAAUUCGUGCCACCCCGGCGACCUCCGUGCGCUGCUGGACUUUGCCGGGAGCCUCAAUGGUCGGGAUGUCCUCCUCCGUGCCACGUGGUCCGGCGCCGCAUGCUGCAGCUGGGAAGGCGUGGGUUGUGACGCCGCCAACGGCCGUGUCAUGGCACUACGCCUCCCCGGGCGAGGCCUCAAGGGGGCCAUCCCAGGAACCUCACUUGCAGGCCUUGCGCAGCUCGAGGAACUCGACCUCGGCUCCAACAACUUUCACAACAUCUCAGGGGUGCUCACCGUGUUGCAUGGGUGCCAGAACCUCGCCACGUUGAUUCUCACCAAGAAUUUUGGUGGUGAAGAGCUACCCGGCGAUAGUAUUAUUGGUGGGUUCAAGAGCCUCGAGGUGCUGGCCCUUGGUGAUUGUGCUCUCAAGGGCAGGGUUCCGGAAUGGUUGUCUCAAUGCAAGAAAAUGGAGGUGCUUGAUUUGUCUCGCAACCAAUUGGUCGGCACCAUUCCAUCGUGGAUUGGUGAGCUGCACCACCUUUCCUACUUGGAUCUCUCAAAUAAUUCAUUGGUUGGCGAGGUACCUAAGAGUUUGGCACGACUAAAGGGCCUCGCCACCGCUGGGCAUUCAGAGGGCAUGACUUUCACUAACAUGCCAUUGUAUGUGAAGCAUAAUAGAAGCACACUGGGACGACGACUUAACGAGCUCCCAAAUGUCAUAACAGGGACCAACAAUGUUGUGAGAUCCGGGAGAAAGAAUGUUGUAUCCGGAAACGACAAUACUGUCAUAUUUGGGGAUGAAAACACCGUAUCUGGGAACAACCAUGCGGUAUAUGGGAAUCACAACACCGUAUCCGGGAACAACCACGUCGUAUCUGGGAGCAAGCAUGUUGUAUCUGGGAGCAGGCAUGGUGUAACUGGGAGUAGCAGUGUCGUAUCUGGGUUCAACAAUGGCGUAUCUGGGAUCAACCAUGUCGUAUCUGGGAGUAACAAUGUCGUAUCUGGGAGCAACAAUGUUGUAUCUGGGAUGAACCAUAUCGUAGUUGGGAAUAACAAAGUUGUAUCAGGAGCUUAAUUUUAUAUAUAAUUAAGCCCUUAUAUACACAUAUUGCCUCCUCUUGAACUUCUCAACUAUCUGAGGAGUUGAGAUGAGAUUAUGUUCAGCCUUUGUAGUUUGUUUUUCUGCUACUAUCCUAGGCCAUGAGAUACUAUUCGAUAAAUAAGGUACAUGAGUUGCCACACGAGAUGUGCCUGCCUAUGCCUCGCAUUGUUGUAAUAAUCGAAUCUUCAUGGUCCAUGUAUUGUGUAUCGAGAAAUUUAUUAUGGUUUGACUGGUAUGCCAA